AUGCAAUUAAAAAAAAAUACUCUUAAUCUUAUUAAAGAAUUCUCAGAAAAGCAUCCCAAGCCAAAAAAUGUUUUAUAUUCUUAUGGAACUGCAGGGUUUCGUAUGCAUUAUAAGCUUUUAGAUUCUGUUAUGUUUAGAUCUGGAAUAUUUUCAGCUUUAAGGUCCAAAAAAAUGCAAGGGAAAACAAUAGGAGUCAUGAUAACGGCAUCUCACAAUCCUCCACAAGAUAAUGGAAUAAAACUUAUAGAUCCUAAUGGAGAAAUGUUAGAAAUUUCAUGGGAACAACAUUUUAAUAAUAUUUCAAAUGCAGAAAACACAGACUAUUUAAUUCUAUCAAUUAAACAAAUAAUUAUUUCUGAAAAAAUAAACCUUGAAAUAAAAUCAAACGUUAUUUAUGCAACAGAUACAAGACAAUCAAGAUUACCUUUGAUAAGUUCUCUAGUGGAUGGAUUAUCAUGUUUUGAAACAUUAUGGACAAAUUAUGAAUUAUUAACUACACCACAAUUACAUUAUCUUGUACGUAGUAUUAAUACAAAAAAUACAUUUGAAGCCUAUGGGGAACCAACAGAAAUCGGGUAUUAUAAUAAGCUUUCAAAAGCAUAUCAAUAUUUAAUGGAAAAUCAAACCUGUCAAAUACCUCUUUUUGUUGACUGUGCAAACGGAAUUGGUGCUUUAAAACUAAAAAAUCUAUGUCGUUUAAUAAAUAAAAAUAUAUUAAAUGUUAAAAUUGUAAACGAAAAUACAAAUAACCCUAAUGAACUUAAUAGAGAAUGUGGAGCAGAUUUUGUUAAGCUACAAAAUAAAUUGCCAUUAGGGGUUGAAGCUAGUACAGAAGGUCACUUAUUAAGCUUCGAUGGAGAUGCAGAUCGCAUCUUAUAUUAUUUUAUAGAUUCAGAUGGAAAAUUCAAAUUACUAGAUGGAGAUAAAAUAGCAUCGUUAAUAGCUAUAUUUAUUAUAGAUCUUAUUAGAGUAGCAUUUAUCGAUAUAAAUAUUGGUAUAGUGCAAACAGCAUACUCUAAUAAAAAUUCUACAAUCUUCAUUUCAAAAACAUUGGAAAUACCAGUAAAAUGUGUGCCAACUGGAAUCAAACAUCUUCAUCAUGCUGCAAUGCAAUAUGAUUGUGGAAUAUAUUUUGAAGCCAAUGGUCAUGGAACUGUUUUAUUUUCUUCAAAAAUGCAAUCAAUUUUAUCAUCCUGUAAACCGAAAUCAUCUAAACAACUAACUGCUGUAAAUCAUCUUAAAGCACUAAUCAGUUUAAUAAAUCAAACCGUAGGAGAUGCAUUAUCGAAUAUGCUAUUAAUAGAAGUUAUUCUUGCACAUAAAAAUUGGACUAUAGAAAAAUGGGAUAACAUUUAUACAAAUUUGCCAAGCAAAAUGAUAAAUGUUAUAAGCAAAAACAAAGAACUUUACAGAACUAUAGGUCCUAAUUACAAAGUUAUUAAGCCAGAGGGAAUACAAGAACAAAUUGAUAUGCUAAUUACAAAAUAUAAAGAAGGAAGGGCGUUUAUUAGAGCGUCUGGAACAGAAAAUACAGAUAAAAUAUAUGCAGAAGCAUUCACAAAAAAAGAUGCAGAUGAACUUGCAUUUAAAAUUUCACAACUAAUCUAUUAG